AGCAUCCAUCCACAUCCAAACUGAACUGUGCUGUUCCUCCUCUGGCAUCCAAGAGAAUACUGAGCAGCUCUCCACUCAUCCUGACUGACUAGUGCUAUCCUGUGGAUUCUUUGACGAACACAUCCAGAUACACAUUGUGACAAUGAAGGCUGCAAUUGUUUUCGCCCUGCUCUUUGCAACGGUCCUCUGUCGCCCGGUGAAACGCUCAUCCAGCAGCAGUUCAGAGAGCUCAGAGGAAGUGGUUAAACCAGCUCCGGUGCUUCGGAAAGCCCUAGUAGAUCUCACCCAGGUUGCAUCUGUACAGAAUGUGGGUGCUGGUACAGCAUCAGACGAGAGCUCCGACGAAGAUGAAACAGAAGGAGCUGAUCCUACAUCAGACCCAACAGUGGACAGCACAUCAUCGACAGACAGUGCAGACAGUGACGAAAGCAAGGACAGCACAGGCAGCACAGACAGUGAUGACACAGAGGAGUCAGAGUCCGGGGAGGCAGACACCACCGCUGCCCCUCCCACCGCGGAGCCCACUGUUGAGCCCACCCUGGCUCCCACUGAGGCCCCCAUCUACGACGACGGACGCGGGGACAGCAUGGGCUACCCCGGUGACUACAAGAAGUCCAUCUAUGUAGAUACCAACAACAUCGAGAAGGGACCCUCCCCAUACAAAUAUUAUGGAAAGAUGGACGAGGGCAUGUAUGCUGGCAAGAAGGUGUCCGUCUAUGACACCGGGCUCGGAAACGAGAUUGAGAAGACGCUGACCGUGUUCAAGGCCCUGCAGGUGCAUGAUUUGAUGGAAGAGGACACCAGCACCCCCGAGGUGGAGAGCCAGGGUUUGGAUGUCUCCAGCGGCACAGCCGAGGAGCCCAGCCUGCGCCUAGCGCACGUCGAUGAAUCCAGCCAGGACACCGGUCCCUCUGAGAGCCCCGAAAGCCAAGGAGCUGAGAGCCUGGAGGAGGAAGAGGCAGAGAGUGCCAGCGCUAGCGCCAGUGAUGUGACUAGUGAGAGCACCAGUAGCGCUAGCAGCGACGGCACCAGCGAGAGCACUAGCGCCAGUGAUGAGACUGACAGCAGCAACAGCAGUGAGGAGGCUACAGCCACGCCCGGGGCGGCAGACAGCGACGAGAGCCAGGAGAGUGACAGCAACUCGGCUGAGGAGGCGGCCACAGAGGCUACCAUAGAUACCGACGCUCCCGUUGUCAUAGUUGCCUAGUAAAGGCCUGUCUCUCUCAUCCUGCUGCUGUCGACAGUGAAGAAUGCUACCAGGACCAGGACGGUGCUCUAUGACCUUACAUUAGGAGGUCAGAACAGAGAGAAUAACAAACAGACGGCCCUUAAGGUCUAAUACAGUACGUCAAUAAUACCUGAUAAGAGCAAUACUAGCCAACACAUCAGGACAUACAGAACAGUCCAUUUUUUCAAUUGCACAAUUAUUUACACUACAUGUUGUUUGUCCCAUUUUUACUGUAUGUAUAAUGUAUCGUUUCUAAAUAAUUUCCUUUUUUUCAUAAAACACAUGGUGGGUCUGUUAUUUCA